AUGGUUAUGGGAGCUCCUUUGGAGGAUGCUCGCCACCUCGCCCAAAGAUACGACAGAAUGCGUCAAGAAGCUGAAGCGCAGGCUAUUGAAGUUUCAAAACGCCAAAUGAAACUAAGAGAAGCAUCUGGAAAUAGUGAUAUGGUUGCAAGGCUAGAAGCAACUGAGUUAAAGCUGCAGGAGUUGAAAUCAAAUAUGGGGGUUUUGGCCAAAGAAGCUGUUGCAGCAAUGACUGCCGUUGAAGCCCAACAGCAAAGACUGACACUGCAGCGUCUUAUUGCAUUGGUUGAAUCAGAGAGAAACUACCACCAAAAGGUCCUACAAAUUCUUGAUCAACUUGAGAGAGAGAUGGUAUCUGAGCGCCAAAGAAUUGAAGGAGCACCUCCUCCAGUGGUUGAGAGUUCCAUGCCUCCGCCGCCUGCAUAUGAAGAGGUCAAUGGUAUAUUCAUGAGGAAUACAGUUGCAGAAUUGGUUGAGACUGUGGAGUAUUUCUUGGCUGAGGCAAUCCAGUCAUAUCGAGCAGAGAGUGAUACUGAGCUCAACCUUUCAGCUGGUGACUACAUAGUGGUCCGAAAGGUGUCGAACAAUGGAUGGGCUGAAGGUGAAUGCAGGGGGAAAGCUGGCUGGUUCCCCUACGACUACAUCGAGAAACGAGAGCGUGUGCUUGCAAGUAAAGUCGCCCAAGGUUUCUAA